CUCCCGUAACUGCCUCGAGAAAUUCUGACCUCUGACCUCACCACCCCCAACCUUGCCCCCACCCCUGCUCGGCCAAUCACAGCAGCCAUGGGGAGGAAAAAGAUCCAGAUUCAACGAAUCACAGAUGAGCGUAACAGACAGGUGACCUUCACCAAACGGAAGUUUGGUCUGAUGAAGAAAGCUUAUGAGCUCAGUGUGUUGUGUGACUGCGAGAUUGCCCUCAUUAUUUUCAAUCACUCAAACAAGCUCUUCCAGUAUGCCAGCACCGACAUGGACAAAGUGCUCCUCAAAUACACCGAGUACAAUGAGCCGCACGAAAGCAGGACCAACGCAGACAUCAUCGAGACGUUGAGAAAGAAAGGCUUUAACGGUUGCAACAGUCCAGAGCCAGACGGGGACGAUUCAAUCGACCAAAGUCCGUUACAGGAGGAUAAAUACCGCAAGAGCGAGGAGCUGGACAUCCUCUUCAAACGCUACGGAUCCACAGUGCCACCGCCCACUUUCUCCAUGCCAGUCACAGUGCCGGUGUCCAGUCAGAGCCCUCUGCCAUUCAGCAAUCCCAGCAGCCUCGUCACCACUUCCUUCGUCACCUCCACUCUCACAGACCCGCGCCUGCUGUCACCACAGCAACCGCAGCUGCAGAGGAACACGGUGUCUCCAGGCCUGCCACAGAGACCUGCCAGCGCAGGUGCUCUUUUGGGAGGUGACCUCAACAAUUCAAACGGAGCGUGCCCAAGCCCUGUGGCCAAUGGUUACGUCAGUGCCAGGGCCUCCCCAGGACUACUCUCAGUCUCCAACGGCAGCAUGGUAAAAGUAGUGACGGCUAAACCUCCCUCUCCAUCCAGCCCUCAGAUGGUGAACAGUCGUAAACCGGACCUUCGGGUCAUCACUUCACAGAGCAGCAAGGGUCUCAUGCAACUGAACACCCAGAGGAUAAGCAGUUCCCAGUCGACCCAGCCUUUGGCCACACCGGUGGUCUCUGUCACCACCCCAAGUCUGCCACCACAAGGCCUGGUCUACUCAGGCAUGCCCACUGCCUACAACUCUGAAUACUCCCUGAGCAGUGCUGAGCUCUCCUCUCUGCAAGGCUUUGGCUCUCCAGGGCUCUCUAUAGGCUCAAUGUCGGCAUGGCAACAGCAUCAACUGGGCCAGGCAGCUCUCAGCUCGCUGGUAGGUGGCGGUCACUUACCUCAGGGCUCAAAUCUCUCCAUCAACACCAGCCAGAAUGUCAACAUUAAAUCCGAGCCCAUCUCUCCUCCACGCGAGCGCAUCACCCCGUCCGGCUUCCCGCCCCAGCAGCAGCAGCAGCCUCCCUCCGGCCGUCCCGACAUGGGCCGCUCGCCCGUGGACAGCCUCAGCUCCUCCUGCUCCUCCUAUGAUGGAAGCGACCGAGAGGAUCACCGGCCCGAUUUCCACUCCCCGCUCGGCCUGGGUCGGCCCCCAGCCGCCGGGGCCGAAGAGAGGGAGAGCCCCACGGUCAAGCGCAUGCGCAUGGACACCUGGGUGACAUAAAGCUGUCCCGAGCCUGACAGCCAGUCAGUCACAAGCAGGGCUGGGCAGGGGGAAAGGGAGAGAGGAGCGACAGCAGGGAGGGUCAUUAUUGUUAUUAUUCUAUUGUUAUAAUUUAACGUCAUUUCACUUUUUUGUAAGUAGGUAGAUGGGGAAAGAAAUCGAAAAUGUCCUGACAUAUCGAAAUUCAGCAGAUGAGUGGAGAGAGAGAGAGAGAACCUCAAGUCAAGCAGUCAGAAUGAACGGUGUACUCAAACAAACAGGUGUUAUCAGGUACUUGAUGCAAAUUUCAUUGCGUGAGAGUCCAAUGUAUGAAGAAAACAUUUUCGAUUGUUGUCGUCACUGGUGCAGUUUGACACUCGUAGCUGUUUUUGCUGUUGAUUUUGCAAACAAUCAAAGAAAGUUUAGGGGCGGCUUUCUGUCCGAAGGCUUCUGCCUGCUGGGCUCAUGUAUUAAACAAUCUAUAUCUGCACUCGCCCUUUUAUGAAGUAUGUCACUUAUUAAUUUAUUUAAAGGUAUUCGAUGAUAGAUUUGGAUCGGUUUUAAGGCUUGUAUCUAAAAUGAGAUCACAUUUCACCUCAGUUAAGACAUUAAGCAAAGAAAUGAAAAAUGUCUCUAAAUUAAUAUCAAUAUCAAUUUUCAGUCCCUUCUUAACAGCAGUUUUAACAAAUGGGAAAAGAACAGGUAGCCCAGUCGAUUUAGAGACGAUAGCAAGUCAUUGUACAUUCAUGCAGCUCCAACAACUCAAUGGUAACGCAAGCCAAAGCCUCUAUGUAAUUUUGUCGUACUGUAGGUUGGGAAUUUUCAGCAUUUCUCUCUCGAUGUUUGUUUUAUAUUAGUUCUGUCAUAGUGUGCGUUGUUACAAACAUUGGAAAACGAUUAACAUGCAAAGCAGAUCUUGAAACGAUAUCUAAAGCCAUGAACACUUGCUGUUCUGUUUGUAAAUUAAAGAUUUGAGCCAAACCUUUUUUUUUUCUUUUGUUUUGUACAUAGCAACUUUAAUAUAUAUCACUUUUGGUGUAAGUACGUAUGUAUUGUACCUUCACCAGAUUCAAGAAAAAAGUAUAUUUUUGUGGAUUACUGCCAAGUUUACAAGGCGAGAUCCUUAUUAAGUAGAGUAUUCACUGGUUAAUAUUUACUAUUUUGUUAACUAUACUGUACUUUCUUCAAAUCUGACUAUUAUUGGUAAUAUUCGAAGUGUUUUUUUUUUCUCCAAGAAGAUAGUUUUUGGGUCGUUUACCCUUUAAUGGUGGUGAAUGUCUGUCCAUAAGAAAUUGUAACGACAGAGCUGUAUGAUUCAAGCUCAGCUGUCUUUAUUUCGUUUUGUAAAACGAUACUCGUCAUGCUAAGAAAAAAAAUAUAUAUAUGGUUGCAUUUCUUACAACUGUUUUGUGAGGGAUUAGCCUGCAGCUGCUGAAUACACUGCCUACUUUAACCCAUCACGGCUUAGAUGCACUAUUCAUUGAGAUCCAGUUCAAGACACAUUUCUCUUUACAAACAUUCCCCAAAGUUUGUAGAAAAAAAAAGCUCAUGUUGCUAAAUUCAUUUCAACCAAAUCCCUCAUAUAUUGUAAAUACCAUGACUUUAGGUAACCCUGAUACACACAUGCAUACUAUGUACAGAACACCUUUCCUGUUAUUUUGAGAAUUGGCUCAUCUGCAGAUUUCCUAAUGUAAAGAAGACACCUUAAGGAGGCAUCGGUCGCAAUGUUCUGUAUUGCUGGACGAGAGAGGGCGCUGUAGCUCUCUCCGCCGUCGCGUUUCGCUCUCUGUGUGCAUAUCUCUUCACGUGUGGCUGUUUGUUUGUGCGGCACGAACGUCCGGUAGAAGUGGCCUCCGGCUUGCAUCACACCUCACUGCCCCUCGGGUGGCAAAGCGUCAGGGGAUUCAGCAGCUAAAGAUGGAAAUACUAGACAAUGCAAACUGACUUGGACAUGAUCUCUCUAAUGGAUUGCACAAAAAGUUUGUAUGUUCAAGCUUGCCGUCGGAUGCUUUCCUCUUUAGAUUUGUUAUGUAUUCGGUCGGUGUGCGCAUACCUUCCUGCCCUCUCGAGCACCGCAGCAACUGGCAAUAAGCUGAUAUUAAUCUAUGCAGUCCCCAACCCACACAUAGCCAGGAACACAAAGCAUUCACAUUUAAAAGUGGAGUUUUAAAGGGAUAGCUCACCCAGAUAUGACGAUUCGGUUAUUGGCUCGCCCUAAAGUUGUUCCAAACCUGCAUGACUUUCUUUCUUCUGCUGAACGUGAGACGGUUCGAAGAAGGUCACCAUACUGUUUGUUUUAAAAAUCAAUAGGGCCCAUCAGCUGUGACCCACAUCCUUCAAAAGUUUAACAGAAGAAAGAAAUCCCAACCGGUUUAGAAUAACUUGAGAGUGAGUAAAUGAUGUUUUUUUUUCAUUUGAGGGGUGAACCAUUCUUUUACGAAUAUUAUUAAAAAUAAAUUUUGAGAAAGAAAAUCAUGCAUAUUAUAUUAUCACAUGUCCAUUAAUUACACAAUGUUGCCUAGUUCAUGAAUAAAGUGCUCUUUAUAGAGCAGGUGAGAAAAUGACUGUUAACCCUUUGUCCUUAAGUGCUUGCAUAUUAAAAAAUACAGUUCACCAAAAAAUGAAAAUUCUGUCAUUAUUUACUCGGCGGUUCCAAAGUUGCAUUUCAUUUUUGGAACACGAGAUGUUUUUACAAUUCUAGCUGCAAUUACCGUUGAUAUUCACUAAAUGCAACAUUCGUCCCAACCGGUUUUCGAACGAGAUGACAGAAUUCUCAUUUUUUUUUCCCAUGGUUACGUACAAAGGCACGCUGACUAAAAAUGAAAUCCACAAGAGCCAUGCAAACUCUGCUUUAGGUAUAGCUUUAGAUUUAUCCUCAGACGUGUACAAGCUUUGUUGUCUCAGCUGAACCGAAACGCCCAUUAGAAAGUUUUACCAUGUCUGUCGAAUCAUUUGAAGUUGAUCACAAUCAAAGCUUUUCAGGGUAGACAAGCAAUAAUGCCAGCCCGGUGUUACGAAAGCACCACGGCCUAAAACACAUGCAGGAUUUUCAAACUGCAAUGAAUGCACACACAAACACUCAACAUUAGUGCUUGAUUAGGAAUCAGGGAGUUUCUCUGCUACAUGCACAAUUAGAGCCUUAUUCCAAAGAGUUGCUGGUGUUCGGAAUCAAAUAUGAUAUCACUCAUCGCAUUUUGACUUCAUCGAAACAAAAUCACCCUCACGUCAGGGGUUCUUAUAAACGCACGUGAGAUAUACAUAAGAGAUCUGAAGAGAGGAGGCUGUUCCUUUGGCGCGGAGUGCUGUGUCACAAACUGUUGAAUGUGAAAGGAAGGGAUAAAGAGGAAACAACAA